UGGAAAUCACCUCCAUUCUUUUUUCCAUAGGUCAGGUCGUGGGCAAGGUCUGUGGCCGUGAGCUGACCACCAAGAUGCUGCUGCCCACGGUGCCGGCCAUGGCCAAGGGCAGGGUGGCCAAGACUACAGAUGAUGGGCCACUCCUAGACAAAGAGCGGCGGGGAAGAGGAUGGUUAAGACACCUUGUGCAUGUUAAUACUCUCUCAUACUUGUGCCAAGGCCUAACACUGUGUGGCCAACACUCUCAGCAGGGGCUUUGUCUUGUGAUGGACCUGGACACACUGUUCUGCGGCACCAGCAGCAGCAGCCUGCACAUCCAUGGCCUGCAGGAGGAGGACGAGGGGACGUACAGGUGCCGGGCGGAGAACAGGGAGGACUCGCUCGACGCCGUGGCCCACAUACAGGUCCAAGUUGCUCCGAGGUUUCUGAGGCAGCCGGCCAACGCUCUCGCCUAUGAGAAGGAGAACGUGGAGCUGGAGUGCAGCGUGUACGGCCAGCCAGAGCCCUCGCUCCACUGGCUCAAGAACGGCGAGCUGCUGGUGGAGACGGAAUACCUUCAGGUGAGCCGGACUUCUGUGGCGGUGUGGAAAUUUAUCGCUGUUACAGGUUUAAAAGGACAGAGAUAUGUAGAUUCAUAAGAUAGAUAGA